AUGUCCAAGGGUGCUUACAAGUCUGCCUGCGAUGCAGAGCGAGAGAGACUCCGGGAGGUCGCCAGGUAUUACUGCGUCGUCGAUCGUCCUUCCAGCAACAAUCACAUUCACACCCUGCAAGGUGAUGACCGACCGGAUCACAAUAAGCGCCUCGCGUCGGAUACCGCCCUAACCGGACUGGCUCGGCUGGGAGUCCUGCAGUUUGGCUGUAACCGUGCUUUUGUCUCCAUCAUCGACGAGGCCAAUCAGCAUGUCAUCGCCGAGGCCACCACUUCCGUCUCUCUCAACAACGCCAGGAAACACCAGGCCAACGAUGGAUUAUACUUGGGAACAAAAUGCCUUGACUUGGGAUGGGGUGUGGUACCGCGGACGGUUGGAUUUUUUACGAACCGAAUGGAGCCCAUCGACACCGAAAAUAUGAUCGCAAACGAGACACGAUACAUCGUACAUGAUUUUACCAAGGAGGACGCUUACAAGGAUCGCCCUUAUGUUGUGCACUGGCCGUUUAUGCGUUUCUAUGCUGCCGUUCCGAUCAAGAGCCCCGGGGGAUACGUGCUCGGCUCCUACACCAUUGUCGACAACAAGCCGCGGUCGGACUUUGGCCAAACUGAAAUUGAAGGUAUGCAGGACAUAGCAGACGCCAUUGCUCAACACUUGGAGACCGUUCGACUAUCCUACUGCCAUCACCGCACCGAGACGCUGGUCAAGAGCCUCACCACGUUUGUCAAAGAGCACGACGAUUUCGAUCCUACCGAAUCCUACCAAGUGACCCCUACUCAGUCGAUGACGAACAUACCCGAGACCGCGGAAGCAGACGACACCAAAAUCCCAGGCACACCCGACGAGAGCCGCCAGAGCAACCCAGACGGUGCCGAGGGCGAUGGUUACGAUCCCCUGGGUCUAUGCUCCCCAUCGGACGUUACUGGCGAGGCUUCGUCCUUGUUCUCAAAGGUGGUCGGCUCCGAACAGACCGAGAUUUCCUUUCCGCACAGAAGUGUUGAAAGACCCCCCUCGGCCUCAUCCGGGAAUUGCGAUCGGAGGGACAGCGUGCCGCAAAACGCCCCAGCGGUCACGGACACUCCAGCCGACACCCAGUCAUCGACCAAAGAGAUCGGUAACAAGAUUGCGAAGAUCUUCAGGCGGGCGAGCAUUCUUCUCCGCGAUUCGAUGGACCUGGACGGGGUUCUUUUCGUAGAUGCUUCCCGCUGCAACGCCGGCGUGGUUCUAAGCAACGAUACCGGGACGUGGGAACCACUGCCCUCUACCCUCAGUCCGGGGUUUCUUGUCGAUCCGUACCCGAGUCCCGCAGCGGAUAUUCCUGGGGUUGGUUCGCUUUCAAAACCAUCCGAUAAGCCGUGUACUCUCCUUGGCCGCGCGUUAAGGGAAACGGUGAACCCUGGCGAGUCGCCCCACGAUUGGAAUAUUACAGAGAGGGUAUUGGACGACUUGAUGGCGUCAUUCCCUCAGGGCCAGAUCUUCGACUUGAGCGACUUGCCCGCGCAGGAGUCGUCGCCGCUAUCCGACCCGGUGACUGCCCUAUGCCGUGACUUGGCCGCAUGUUUCCCCAACGCGAACUCGGUCUUGUUCUCUCCCAUCUGGGACUGGAACAAAUCCAGGUGGCUGGCAGGAACCUUAGUAUGGACCAGCGAUAUCUUCCGUGCUCUGGGCGCGGAGGAAUUGCAUUACUUCAAAGCCUUCGGCGACUCCAUCAUCUCCGAGGUGGCUCGUGUCGACUGGUCGGCUAUCCAAAAAUCGAAGUCAGCAUUCAUGUCGUCUGUGAGCCAUGAGUUGCGAUCGCCCCUCCACGGUAUACUUGCCAGCGCCGAGCUCCUGGGCACAACCGCCUUACCACCGGAACAGCAGCAUUUGGUGGAUAUGGUCGAGUCAUGUGGGUUAACUUUGUUGGACACCUUGAACCAUCUACUGGACUUUUCCGGGAUUAACAACCUCUCCGCACUCGAGGAUCCGGCUCAGGGCUUGUCUGACGCCGGAAUGACUUCUCUCGAGACCGACUUUGAUCUGGGCGAUUUGGUCGAGGAGGUGGUGGAAGUGCAGUACACCGGACAAAACUUGCCCAAAGCCGCGAUUCACCUCAACCAGCAGACAGCUCCGGCCCCCGAUCAUUUCAAUGCCAACGCCGAUGAAUUGUCGGUCAUUGUUCGAGUGGAGGAUAUGCCGACUUGGAAGAUCCAUUCUGUGCCUGGGGCUUGGCGAAGGAUUGUGAUGAAUUUGCUCGGCAACUCUUUGAAGUGGACAAAAGCUGGCUUCGUCGAAGUCUCCUUGUCAAAAGUGAGGCGAAAGCGCGAUCCCCUCCACGUGUUUGCUCUCCUAUCCGUUACCGAUACCGGCGCUGGAAUAGCGCCAGAUUUCCUUCGACACAACGUUUUCUCACCCUUCGCGCAGGAGAAUUCGCUAUCUGAGGGUCUAGGACUUGGGCUCAGCACCGUUCGCCAGCUCGUCGGAUCUCUUGAUGGACAUUUGAAUGUUCGGAGCGAGGUCGGUGUAGGUACGCAGGUCGACAUAUUUGUCCCCGUGCAAAUUUUACAGUCUACGCCUGCUCCCCGUCCGGGCCUGUCGGUGCAUCGCCACGUCCCUGAACAACAGCCUGUUCGUGUCUGCUUGAUUGGAUUCAACGAUUAUCCUGGCCUUAAGGAGACGCCGACGGGAAUUCUGCCUGCCGAAGCGAAGCGCAAGCUUGCUAUCCGAAGUUGCCUUACGGCGAUUCUGGCAGAGCAACGCACAUGGAACAUCUACUCGUCGGAGUCAUUCCACGGAACAGAGGGCGACGUCGCGAUCAUAGAGGAAGUUAGAUUUCUGGAUGCUCUGAAGAACGGAGAACUGCCGCUGGAUGAUCCUCAACGUGCCGGCUUCAGACGAAUCUUCGUGAUUCUCAACAGCAAAAAUCCAACGUCGCACCAUCUGGAGUCAUCGCGUCUCAUCCGCGUCUCCCAGCCCUUCGGAUGCCGAAAGUUCCGUAACGCCGUCGUUCGCGUUGACAAGCUAUUGAAGGAACCCCAAGGUGACUCCCUCUCCGACCCUAUUGUCAAACGACCGCUCUUGGAGCAUACCAGCCCGCAGAAUCUAUCCGUUCCUACUGCAAGUCUUCCGCAAAACGUGGCAAGGCGCUCACCCAUACUCGAGCAGUCGACAGUUGAACUCACUGGGCGCACUACCGAUAAACCAGUACAAAUCCAUGAACAUCUACACCUGCUUAUUGUCGACGACAAUGCGAUCAACCUCAAAAUUCUAGCAACAUUCGCUGCCAAAAUAGGCUGCACAUAUGAUACGGCAUCUGAUGGACUUAUUGCUCUGAAUAAAUACAGGGAUACGUCUCGACGAUAUGAUCUUAUCCUGAUGGACAUAUCGAUGCCCGUCAUGGAUGGUAUCGUCGCUACGAAGGAGAUUCGCCAGUUCGAAGAAGAGCAGGGCUACCCCCGGUCGCGAAUCAUGGCUGUCACUGGGGUGGCAUCCACGGACAUGCAACAACGGGCCCAGGCUGCUGGGAUUGACGAAUAUCUCGUGAAGCCCGUUUCCUUGGUGGCGCUCAAGAAAGUCAUUGCGGCGCUCUAA